AUGGGGACCCCGCGUGUCCCCGCGCGGACCGUCCUCUUCCAGCGCGAGCGGACGGGCCUGACCUACCGCGUGCCCGCGCUGCUGCCCGUGCCCCCAGGGCCCACGCUGCUGGCCUUCGCGGAGCAGAGGCUCAGCCCCGACGACGCCCACGCCCACCGUCUGGUGCAGAGGACCGGCACACUGGCCGGGGGCUCCGUGCGGUGGGGCGCCCCGCGCGUGCUGGGGACGGCGGCCCUGGACGAGCACCGCUCCAUGAAUCCCUGCCCCGUGCACGACGCGCGCACGGCCACGGUCUUCCUCUUCUUCAUCGCCGUGCGUGGCCGCACCCCCGAGGCCGCGCAGAUCGCCGCGGGCAGGAACGCCGCACGCCUCUGCUGCGUGACCAGCCGGGACGCGGGGCGCAGUUGGGGCGGCGCGCGGGACCUCACGGCGGAGGCGGUGGGCAGCGCCGAGCAGGACUGGGCCACGUUCGCUGUGGGGCCAGGCCACGGUGUCCAGCUGCGCUCUGGCCGCCUGCUGGUGCCGGCCUACACCUACCAUGUGGUCCGGCGUGAGUGCUUCGGCCGGAUCUGCAGGACCCGUCCCCAGUCCUUCGCCUUCUACAGCGACGACCACGGCCGCACCUGGCAGCACGGGGGCCUUGUGCCCAGCCUGCGCUCGGGCGAGUGCCAGCUGGCCGCGGUGGAUGGCGGGCAGGCCGGCGGCGUUCUCUACUGCAACGCUCGGAGCCCACUGGGCAGCCGCGUGCAGGCCCUCAGCGUGGACGAGGGCACCUCCUUCCUGCCUGGGGAGCUGGUGCCCGCCCUGGCCGAGACCGCCCGGGGCUGCCAGGGUAGCAUCGUGGGCUUCCCAGCCCCGCCUGCCAGCGGGCGGGAGGAUGAGGAGUGGUCGGUGGGCACCAGCAAGCCCCUCCACUUUCCACACCUCUGUCGUGGGGCCCAGGAUGCCCCAGAAGAGGGCACUGGAGACACCCGCGGGGGCGGGGGGCUGGGUGCUACAGAGGGCUGUGGCGACGGCCCCGGGGAGCCUGGCCCCUGGGAAUCUGGUGAGAACAGGGGCUCCCGGGCCUCGGUGCUCCUGGGACCCCCUGCAGCUUUGUCGCAGAGCCCCACGUGGUUGCUGUAUUCCCACCCCGUGGGGCGCAGGGCUCGGCUCCACAUGGGCGUCCGCCUGAGCCGGGCCCCACUGGACCCCCAGAGCUGGACGGAACCCUGGGUCAUCCACGAGGGCCCCAGUGGCUACUCGGACCUGGCAUCCAUCGGGCCUGCCCCCGGGGGGAUCCUCACCUUUGCCUGUCUGUUUGAGAGUGGGGCCAGGGUCUCCUACGAGGAGAUCUCCUUCUGCAUGUUUUCCCUGAGGGAGGUCCUGGAGAACGUGAGGCUGGGCGGGGGGCACCCCGGCCCUGGAGACAAGCCUGCGGGGCAUUGCCAGCCCUCCUGA